CCCUCUCAUUCAUCACCCAUUUUCUUCUUCCAAUAAGGGUGACUUUAUCACCCUCCCCUCUUCACCAAUUACCACCGCCACCACCCACCAUGCAACCAAGUGUUGAUGAUGUCGCUGACGAUUUCGACAACCUCAGCCUCAACUCUACCACAACCACUGCCACUACUGCCACCACCGUCACCACCGCUAUCGGAACAAAGCGAAGCACGAGUUCAUGCUCAGAAACAACCACUUGGACUACCUCGAGCAUCGCCUCGUCCUCCGCCAAGCCCCAUGCACCCUCCCACGACCCGUGCCGGGAUGCAAUCCGACGCGUACAAUCCGAAAAUGCCACGCUUAGCCUCGAGGACCUCCGCUUUGUCCGCCGCCUUGGCAGCGGUGACAUAGGCAGCGUGUACCUUGUUGUGCUAAAGGGGAGCAAAGGGUGCAUGUUCGCAGCUAAAGUGAUGGACAAGAAAGAGUUGGUGACCAGGAACAAAGAGGAGAGGGCAAGGAUAGAGAGGGAGAUAUUGGAGACCUUGGACCACCCUUUUUUGCCCACGCUCUAUGCCACUCUAGACACACCUAGGUGGUCUUGUCUUUUGACCGAGUUCUGCCCCGGCGGCGACCUCCACGUGCUCCGCCAAAACCAGCCGGACAAACGCUUCGACGAGGCUGCCGUACGGUUCUACGCCUCAGAAGUUGUGGUUGCUCUAGAAUACCUACACAUGAUGGGGAUUGUCUACCGUGAUCUCAAGCCUGAAAAUGUACUCAUAAGAUCGGACGGUCACAUAAUGCUAACAGAUUUUGAUCUAUCGCUAAAAGGCGAUGGUUCGACAUCGACGGCUCAGCUUGUUUCUGACCAAAACCCACCAAUCACAAAUCCAUCUGAAGAAUACCCCAAUGACCCGCCUCCUUUUGCCACCUCAUCAUGCAUUCUACCCGAUUGUAUUGCGCCAGCGGUCUCAUGCUUCCACCCAAAACACAAGCGUAAAAAGAGGUUCGAUCGCCGUGGGACCCUUCAGAUUGUGGCAGAGCCGAUUGAUGUCCGAUCAAUGUCGUUUGUAGGGACCCAUGAGUACUUGGCGCCGGAAAUUGUAUCUGGGGAAGGGCAUGGCAAUGCAGUGGAUUGGUGGACACUAGGGAUUUUCAUAUUUGAGUUGUUCUAUGGUGUGACACCAUUUAAAGGUGUUGGCCAUGAGUUAACCCUAACAAAUAUUGUUGCACGAGCCCUACAAUUCCCCAAGGAACCAACUGUGGCGGGCCAAGCUAAGGACUUGAUGCUACAACUUUUGAUUAAGGACCCUACAAGGCGAAUGGGGUCCACAAUGGGAGCCACAGCAAUCAAACACCAUCCAUUUUUUGAUGGGGUCAAUUGGGCAUUACUAAGAUGUACAAAGCCACCUUACAUUCCACGUCCGGUAGCUUAUCGGGAGUCGGUCGGCGUUGAUGAUGGUACGGAGAAACCAGUAGAAUUUUACUAG